AUGCUACACCACAUCGCCGCCGUGGGUGGUAGCCUCGCUAAGAGGUAUAUUGAGGUGGUGGAAGUCAACGAUCCCAACAGCAAUCCCGGCGGCAGCAGGCCUCCAGCUUCAGGGGACGAGGCCGUUAUCGCCUUGCUUCCUCUCGCUGUCUAUUACACGGCGCACACGGUCUUCCCAACGCUGGCUAUGAUCGAAGAUCCCAACCCACCGCCUGGAUAUACGCCCGUUCCACUCGAUACUCAAGAAGACUCUGCGCCCUCGGGCGAAUUUGAGGUCGUCGAAGCCAACCCAAAGCCCAUCACCUCGUCACUACACGCUACGCAUCGCCUUCUCUGGACUUGGCGCCGGGAAGGUUACUUCCAGGGGCUGGGCUGCGCGCUUAUAACUGUAUUCUGCACAGUUGUUCUUGCUGCCUUCAUAACGGUUUACACCUUCCUGCCACACUUCGUCGGCAGCUUCAUCGCUACUGUCUUGCUCACGCAACUGUCGACCGUUUGGGUGCACAUCGUCAUCACGCCUCCCUCCGCUCGCCCGUGGUACAGCCGCAUUCUGCCAUUCCGCUAUGUUUUCAAGGCCACAGCCUUGCCUUUGCUAGCACACUGGGCUGCUAGUGUCGCCGCGAUCGAAAUCCCUCGCCUGUUGGCUUUUAUACUUGGGUUGCCAGUCAACCUGGACCAGAACUCGGAUUCCAACUCGGACUCCCCCUCGGAUCCCAAUAUGGACCUCCCCCUUUCUAUGCUUCUACUGAAGGGCAUUCCUGUGGCUGCUCUUACCAUCCUACUUUACCUUUUUGCCGUGAUCCCGACCCAAGUCAUCCUCGUGCGCGUGCAAGCGUCGCUACUCCCGCCCACUGAGGACGCCAUCGUCCCCUUUGACCGGUCUUUCAAGGGUAAGCUGGACCCCGCGGUACUGGGUGGCGGCAGCGAGACAUUCUUGACCAUGCGGGACGCCUUGACCACUUUCGGGAGGGAAGGAUGGUCCAGACUGGUCAAGAUGUACCUCAAGGUUUUCGGGGUUACGGUUGCGUUUCAUAUGGUCGUUAUGGCAACAUUUGCUUUGGAGAGCGGGAUUAUCUACUCUAUCUACUGGCUGACUACCCCUCGCCAGUAA